AUGUUACAAAAUAGUCAUGUGGAAUAUGAUAAUAACAAAACACAAGAUAUGAAUCAUGUGACUAAGAAAGCAGAGAAAAAAUAUAUAAAUUAUCAAGAAGAAACUAUAACAGAAUUCAGCACAGAAAAUCCUUAUACUAAAGAACUUAGUCUAGGAAUGAACCUUGAUGAUGAGAAAGCAAAGCAACCAAAUGCAGAAAUUGAAGCUAAUAGUAGCUCCCCAAAUAACAAAGAAAUGGAACAACCAAGAACUGAAACUGAAAUGAAUAAUAGUGUGAAAAGCACUCAAUUCAUGCUUUCAGAAGAAACAAUACAAAAGGAAGCUACAUUAAAUACACAAGAAAUAUGA